AUCUUGGCGCCCAGCGUCGCUCGAGCCUCUACGCUCCUUUGCUGGCACGCUGAGCAAUUUUGUCACGUGCUACUGCAUUUCUGCACCAUUGCGCCGCUGCAGAAGCAACGCUCCCGGCUCGCCGCUCGCUGGCUGCCCUAAGCCCUGAACAGCUCAAAGCUCGCCUGCGCGCCGCACGCGCGAGCAGCGCGCGGCGACGCGCACCUAGCUUGCCAGCGGCGCGCGCGCCAGCAGCGCGAGGCGACGCGCAGUCAACGCCGGACGCGCAAUAAAUCCCAGACGCCGGCACGAUGUCCUGCUACUCCGUCGCCGCGGACCAAAGGGCCAGGCGGCCCGAGGUCGAGGUUUUGAGUUUGGAGGAGAACCAAAUGUCCUUCGAAGUUAAAAAAACGGACGCGUCCAUGGCCAACGCUUUACGGAGGGUUAUCAUCGCCGAAGUCGUGACUAUGGCGAUUGACCUCGUCACGUUCGAGGAGAACACUAGUUGCAUCGACGACGAGAUCAUCGCCCACCGAUUGGGUCUCAUACCGAUCAAGUACGCCUUCAAGCCGGGCAAGACGAAGCUGAGGGAGGAUGUCAGUAAUGACGAGGCGGCGGCCAUGUCGUCGGAACGAGACAUUCAAAGACGUUUUAGAUUUACUAGAGAUUGCGAUUGUGAUGGCUACUGCGACUGGUGCGCGUGUACCUUUAAAUUACACGUCAAGUACGAUGAAGUGAUCAAGAACGUCCCGGAGCACGAAAAGAACCAGCCCUACACCGUGACAUCCAUCAACCUCGAGUCGGACGACCCGGACGUGUUUCCCGUCCACUUCGUCUCGGAAAGGGAGAGAAAUACAUCUUCAGAACCAGGAAUAGCGAUAGUAAAACUAGCCAAGGGCCAGGAGAUCAAGCUCUCCUGCAUCGCGAAGUUGGGGUGUGGCAAGGAGCACGCGAAGUGGACUCCAGUUUCGAAAUGCGUCUUUCGCCCGAAGCCGACGAUUAGUUGGGACGACAACGCCGUGCGAGCGUUGCCUCCCAACCUGCGGAACAUCAUCGUCGACGUCUGUCCUGCUGGUGUUUUAGGAUAUGAAGAUGAGCGGGAUCGCACGUCUAUAGUCGUGAAGAACGAGGCGGCGAUCCUCGACUUCACCAAAGAUAUUCAAGAUCUUACUAAGCAAUUAUCACCGCAGAACAAGCCCAUGUUCCACGCUUCUGCCUCUACGACGGACUUCGUCUUUGAGGUCGAGUCGCUGGGCGGCGUGCCCGUGGACGACUGCGUCCUCUGCGGCCUGAACGAGAUCAAGCGGAAGCUGACGAACUUGCAGGUGGCCGUGGCUGAAGUUGCCGCGGAGCAGGCUUGAGGACUAAGUUUACUUUAGAGAUCCCC